AAGAGACCAGAAGGGGCAGUAGCAGAAAUAUGUCACUUGAGGCACUGGGCAGCAUUGCUCAGCAGUGCUUGGGGCCAUCCCAGACAGCUCCACUGUCCUUGGUGUGCCCCAAACUACUCCCCAAAUGUUGAGCGGCCUCUUAAGUUCGAGGCAGUGUUUUUAUGGUAAGGUAGCUUUCCACCCUGACUCCUCACUUCCCUCCUCUCUGCUCUCACUUUCCAGCUGAAGGGGAAAGGUUGGGUGGGUUUAGAGUUGUUCCCUUGGGGUUUUCUUCAGGGAGAGCUUGGGUGUAAUUCAAGUUUGUUCCCAGUGCUGGGAAAUGGCUUUUCCCAGGGCCUGAGUUUGAUUUCAGGUGUAUCUAAACCUCAGCACAGAUAAAUUCCUUUUAUCUAUGUGGAUAAUGCAGGAUGUCAGUUUCUAAGACUGCAUAGAUGGAUAGGUUGGAUUCAUAUUUGCCAAGAUUGUUCUCUGCCUUAUUGCUCUCAUUUAAUAAAUAUUUGCUCGGGGGGGUGGGAAACUUCUGUAAAAUCCCACAUCUUAAACUUUACCAAAUAAUGCUUUUUUAACAAUACCAAUGGUCUAAAAAAAAAAAAAAAAAACCCAAAAACCACCUUUAGUGAAUCCAAAGACCAUAUUUCUGCUGACUGAACUGUCUGGUACUGUGAGCUGUGUGUAGAGAACCAGUUUUGACUUUUCUUUUCUGUACUCUUUUGAUCAAAGGGUAGCCUCUGAGGGUAAGUGACUAAGACUUCUCCUCUGCUGCCCAUGGUGCAGGGAUAGCUGCCGUCUUCAGUCAACCCAAAGCUCUCCAAAGAGAAGGCUGGCUCUAGACAGGUGGUAUAUACAUGAUAGUAGAGUAACUGGCCAACUGCUUCUUGUGCUUCUAUUUUCAUUUCUUUGUUUUGAUUGUUUGUAUAUUUGAUAACCUGAGCGUUGAAGUUAUGAAUUUAUUUAUUUAUUUUUUUUUAAAUGUUCUAUUUCUCUUAACUGUGAUAAUGUGGUGUGUUUCUUAUAUGAUCAAGUGAAUUAAGGUGGGGUUUGAAUCUUUAAAAGGGAUGAAUUAACAACAAAAAAAGAAUAGUUUGAAAGAUACAAUGUUUAAAUGAAAAAAAAAAUAGUAAAUGUGUGAAACUUGGAGGAAAAAAAAGUGAUAUUUAGAGCCACUUCCCAGAAGCAUUGCAUGGAGCAGUGGAUGGGAGUUUGGACUGCCAGGAAUCUGCUGGUUGUGGAAGGAAGAGAGGGGAGGGGAGGGAGGGAAUCACCCCAGCUGGCAGAGGGGUCAGAUGUUCCAAUAUCACAUCUGUGUGCUCCUGUUUGUUGCUUCCAGUACUCGAAAACUGGUGGGUAUCCAGUAUAAUUGGUUAUUGAAAUGUGCAUUUUUACACCAUGACCUUUUUCUUAAGCUAUUGUGACAAGGAUUCAUUUCCUCCUGUGUCUGACUGAGCCCACAGGGAAGAUGAGCAGAGGCCAACCUUGGAUGCUGGCACCAUUCUCAAUUUGGCAAGUCAGGAAAAAAAUCUUUGUAGCUUCCAGCUGUUCAAAGCCAACCUUUCCUUUAUCCCUCCUUUGACCAAAAGCUCUGUGCUCUCUUUGUAGUGGGAUUUAGAAGUUCCUUUCUCCCAGAAAGAUGAGCUGAUGCUCAGUGUUGCUUUUUUGGGGGCAGCAGUUGCUGUUUGUGUGAACAAGAGUUGAGUUGGGAACUCCUGGGGUUGCAAUCCCUCCUCUCUGUCCUUGCAACCCUGCAGGUGCCUGGCCUGUGGUCUCUGCUUUGGACACCUUGGGGGUCACUGAAUCCUUGUAUACUGGGUACCCACAUGGUUAAUUAUUAUUUCAAGUAUUCUUUGAAGGACUUGGAUUAUGUCUGGUUUUAGUUUUUGCUCGUCUGAUAUUUUAUUGACAUAUGUGCUCUCAGGUCUAGAUCUUCUAAAGCACAUCAGCUGACAGAUUCACAGGAAUUUACUUUGUGUGUUUAAGAUUUAACAACAUAUCAUGCUUAAUUGUACUGACUGGAAUAUGUGCAAUAUUUUACAGUUUUCUCAUUCUGUGAAUAUUCAUUUUAAGCAACCUUACUGAAAUGGGACAAUUUGGAAACCUUAUUUCAUGUGCCAAAGAGGAGAUCUGCCUGAAUUCUGACUGUUCUCCUGAACUGAUGUUCCCAAACACCCUGAUUUCUCCCAUGGCUGACUUUUUGCAUCAAAAAGAAUUCUGUUCUGGAUGGAAAUGGACCCUUAAACCCCACUGGAAGUUGACCUGUGCUGAAGAGGACUGCAUUUCAUGGGAGAACUGCUCCAGGAGCUGCAGCUUUUGCCAGACACUUGGUUCUGCCCUGUUGCAGGGGGACAUGUGAACCUAAAAUUCUAGAACUUGAGUAUUUCUGAGCACACUGAACUACAUGAACGACAGCCUGAGAACAGAUGUCUUUGUGAGGUUCCAGCCAGAAAGCAUUGCCUGUGCCUGCAUUUACCUGGCAGCCAGGACACUGGAGAUCCCUCUUCCAAAUCGCCCACAUUGGUUUUUACUGUUUGGAGCAACCGAGGAAGAAAUUCAAGAAAUCUGCUUGAAAAUCUUGCAGCUCUACACGAGGAAAAAGGUGGAUUUAUCUGAUCUGGAAAGUAAAAUAGAAAAGAAGAAAUUGGCUAUUGAAGAGGCAAAAGCACAAGCUAAAGGUCUGGUACCUGAGGGAGUUCCAAGCUUGGAUAACACAUCGGGGUUUUCCCCCAUCCCAAAAAAUGAGUCUCCAAAAGAGGUGAAAGGAAAUAAACCCUCACCCCUACCUGUGCAGGCCAUGAAGAAUGCUAAAAGGAAAACAGAGGCAGCCAAGAGACCCAGCUCCAACAGCCCAGUAAAUGGUGUCCAGAAAGGAAGAGAGAGCAGGAGUCGAAGUGGAAGCAGAGAUCAGAGUUACUCCAGGUCCCCAUCGAGGUCUGCAUCCCCCAAGCACAGGAAGAGCGAGAGCUACUCCACCUCCAGCGGCUCCAAGUCGCAGAGCCGCUCUCGGAGCCGCAGCGAUUCCCCUCCCCGGCAGUUCAACCACGGCUCCGCCUACAAGGGCUCCAAGAGCCGCGGCUACAAGAAAUCCAAGGACUACAGCAAGUACCAGGGGGGGCACAAGGGGCGCCGGUCCCGCUCCCGCAGCUCCUCCCGCUCGCGCAGCCGCUCCCGCGAGCGCCCCGAGCACAAGUACAAGAAGAAAAGCCACUACUACCGCAACCACCGGCACGAGCGUGAGCGCUCCUACGAGCGCGCCGGGCACCGCUACGACAGGGACAGGGACAGGGAGAGGGACAGGGAGCACCCUGGGCACAGCCGGCACCGCCGGUGAGAUGCCCUGAUCCCAGGGCUGCUCCCUGCUGGGGCUGCUCCUGGUGAGCCCUGCCCAGGGCUGCUCCUGGGGGUUCCUCCUGGGGGUUCCUCCUGGGGGUUCCUCCUGGGGCUGCUCCUGGGGCUGCUCCCUGCUGGGGUCUGCUGGGGCUGCUCCCGGGGCUUCUCACUGCUGGGGCUGCUCCUGGUGAGCCCUGCCCAGGGCUGCUCCUGGGGGUUCUCACUGCUGGGUCCUGCCCAGGGCUGCUCCUGGGGGUCUCACUGCUGGGUCCUGCUGGGGCUGCUCCUGGGGGUUCUCACUGCUGGGUCCUGCCCAGGGCUGCUCCUGGGGGUCUCACUGCUGGGUCCUGCUGGGGCUGCUCCUGGUGAGCCCUGCCCAGGGCUGCUCCUGGGGGUUCUCACUGCUGGGGCUGCUCCUGGAGGGGUUCCUUCCCAGGGUUGAUUCCCGAGGGAAUUCCUGCUGGGGCUGCUCCCGGGGCUUCUCACUGCUGGGGCUGCUCCUGGUGAGCCCUGCCCAGGGCUGCUCCUGGGGGUUCUCACUGCUGGGUCCUGCCCAGGGCUGCUCCUGGGGGUUCUCACUGCUGGGUCCUGCUGGGGCUGCUCCUGGGGGUCUCACUGCUGGGUCCUGCUGGGGCUGCUCCUGGGGGUUCUCACUGCUGGGUCCUGCUGGGGCUGCUCCUGGAGGGGUUCCUUCCCAGGGUUGAUUCCCGAGGGAAUUCCUGCUGGGGCUGCUCCCGGGGCUUCUCACUGCUGGGGCUGCUCCUGGUGAGCCCUGCCCAGGGCUGCUCCUGGGGGUUCUCACUGCUGGGUCCUGCUGGGGCUGCUCCCAGGGGUUCCUACCCAGGGCUGAUUCCUGAGGGAAUUCCUGCUGGGGCUGCUCCUGGGGGUUCCUGCUGGGGCUGCUUCUGGGAGUUCUCACUGCUGGGUCCUGCUGGGGCUGCUCCUGGUGAGCCCUGCCCAGGGCUGCUCCUGGGGGUUCCUGCUGGGGCUGCUCCUGGAGGGGUUCCUGCCCAGGGUUGAUUCCUGAGGGGAUUCCUGCCCAGGGCUGCUCCUGGGGGUUCCUGCUGGGGCUGCUCCUCGGGGGGAUUCCUGCUGAGGCUGAUUCCCAAGGGUGUUCCUGCUGGUUGAGCCCUGCUGGGGCUGCUUCCAUGGGAAAUUCCUGCUGGAAGCCCCAGGGCUGCUUCCUGAGGGACUUCUCUCUGGCACCCCAGGCCCAGAGCUGGGGGCUGCUUCCCCAGGGAAUGCCCACCAGGGCUGCUUUCUGAGGGAUUUCCCUCCAGCACCCCAGCUGCUGGGAAUUCUCUCGGGAAUUCCCUCUGGCACCACCGGUGAGCCAGGGCUGAUUCCCUCUGCCAGCAGAGCUCCUUCCCCAUGGCUUGUGCAGGGUUAAUCUGGCUCCUGAGCCAGCCCUGGCCUGAGCCAGCAGUUUGUGCUCAUCCCUGGACCCAAAGGAAAGACUGGCAGGGUGGGAGGUGAUGUCAGGAGUGCCCCCGUGCCGGGGUGUCACUGUCACCCUCCCCUGGGAGCUCCCGUCCUGCUCCUCAGGGUUUCCAUCCCCAGUGCAGUGCUGGGCACUUGCAGCCCGUCCUUGGCAUGCUGUGCCCAGCAGCUCUUCCCUGUGGGGCUGGAAAGCUCCUCAGCCCCCCAGGAGUGGUUUGGUGCUAACAAUGCCCUCUUUUGAUGCUGGCCUGGUGAUGUUGUACAGGUGGGAGGUGACUUUUUUUAGCCCUGUUGCCUAUAUUAGGUUCUCUGUGUAUAUAUAUUUUGCAGUGUUACAGUACAGUAUGGGAAAAUGGCCUUCCUAGCCUUUACACUUUACCCACAAUGUAAAUAAGCAUUUGUUUAAUACAGGUAAAGAGAUAUAAACAGAAAAUUCAAAACUUGAAUUCUAUCAGAAGAAAAAAAAAAGGAAAAAAAAAAAGACUUGUGUAGAAAAUUCUGAUAAAUGUGAAAGUAUUUAGCUCUGUGCAUUGAGAGUAGUAUAUUUUUAUCUGUGCAAUGCUGAGUGCAGGCCACCAGCUCAGAAGACAUUUCCUAUAUAUCCAUUUGAAGUGGCUGAAAGUUCUUGACUCAGGAUCUUUGACACUGAAGAAUUGGUAGUUUGUCAGUCUGCAUGCUUGAUGGACAGAGCAAUUAAACCCCAAUUAGCAGAGCCCCAAUUACAGCCCAGCAGUAUCAGUUCUAGUGGUAUAUCUGAGCUGUUACUCUCAUGCUCCCUCAUUUCAUUAAAGUAUUUGAUUUUCUAUUACA